CUACACUAUAACAAACGUGCUGUGAUGUUUGAAAAAAAAAAAAAGCUCCGAGACGCCGCCAACGUUUCCCAAGCUAACAGACUUUACCUCCUCCGGUAACGUCACACACACAAACAUCGCUCAAUGUUUGGAUGAUGGACGACGAGCUGGAGAACUUCAUCAGGGAGAGGAAGGCGAGAGUGGCUGAAGAUAAAGCCAUGUUAGAACAAGACCCUCCGUACAUGGAAAUAAAGGCAAAACCCCACAGAGCCUAUGAGUCCACCGUUAAGGAGAACAUCCCGCCCAAGUCUACAGCACAGGGUAAAGAGGAGAGUUGCAGCGUCGGACUACCGCUCGGCAUAGACUAUGAGAGGAAGAAACAGAGGCUGCAGCAUGAGCUCCGUAUGGACUACAGGCGCUACAUGGCUCAGAAAAAGCACUUUGGAGCGCCUGGACCAUUAAUUCACCUCGAUAACAGGAGAUCUGUCAAGCAAAACCUGCUCGAGGACCAGACAGAUGUUCUUUUUAAGCAGCGACCCCCCUCACGCAGGGAUGCAGCAACUCUAACGGAGGACAGCAGGGGGUUGCGCAGGGCUGUGCGCCUCGCCGAGGUUAAGAAUCUCUGCCCUGAGGAGGACGAGGAGCCGUCAUCAGUACUUCCCAGGCGUCGUGACAGGCUGGGGAGGCCAGUGGACCAGGAGUCAGAGGAGGAGGAAUACUUCAAAGACGAGCUGGAGCUGAUGGAGGGCAGACGCCACAGGCCUUUAGGAGUUGAUGCCAGUUACGAGAAGAGACGAUUCAAUAGGAUCGAUGGCAGAGAGAGAAGGGAGAAUCCAGCAGGUGUUGCCAGAGAAGGGAGGAGAUCAAGAGCACUGACCAAAGAUGAGGACUUUGAAUUUGCCACCGGCCUUAUAAUAGGAGCGGUCGACACGGAAGACGCCUUACAAAGGAGGAAGGAGCUGUACAGACAGGAACUGCAGGAGCAGAUCGCUGAACAGCACAGGAACAAGAAGAGGGAGAAAGAUCUGGAGCUGAAAGUUGCUGCGACUGGGGCAAAUGAUCCCGAGAAACAGCCGGACCGAAUCAGACAGUUUGGACUGAGCAGGAGAAAAGAUCAUCGGGUUUUGGAGCCUUCGACAGGCGAGAGCGAAACCUCCUCCAGAAGUCUGCCUAAUAAUGAGAAGGCGGGUGUCCGAGGCCGAGAGACACCUCCUCCUGUGCAGCCCCAUGUGGCCUUCCAGUCCCCCGUGCUGGAGUACAGCUCUGCCCUGGAGCAAGGUGGCCUGUCUCCCAACAGCCAUCCUGCUGUCCCCUCCUUCCCAAGAGCCAUGGACACUCCCAGAAUCCCCUUGUUGCCUCCUCAUCCUCCUCCGACACUGAGUGAAGCCUACAGGGGCCCGUAUGCAGAUCCUCAUCACUACUACAGCACCAGAAACCUGCUUGACCCACACAUGGCCUACUAUGGUCACUUACCUGUUCCUGGUGCUGGCCCUCCCAUGUCCUACUGGAACGUACCACCGGGGGGAGCUGUGCUCAGCCCUCACAGCCCGCACAGUCAGCACAGUGGAAGCAGCUUCCCGGAGCCUCCCAUGCAGCCGAGCAACGAGGCUGCUACGGUGGACUCGCGGGUGAGGGCUUUCCCUCCAGAGAGAUCCAGAUCAACCAGGGACAGGAUUAUGAGCUACAGGGACGCUUUGAAACAGCAGGAAGCUUCCAGGAGAGAGAACAGCGAGCUUUACAACAAGAUCCAGGAGCAACAGGAACGGAGGCUUCUGGAGCGGGAGGAGACGGAGCGUUACGAAGCCCAGCUGGAGGCCGACAUGAAGAACCACCAGCCCUGGGGUCGAGGUGGUGGAGGAGCCCCGCUCAGAGACAACACUGGAAAGCUUAUCGCUGACCUCAACCAGAUGCACAAGCUGAACGAGGAAGCCUACAGCAACCCGGAGCAGUGGCAGAGGAGGACCACGGCCGCCGUGACGACCCACCGGGCAGAGCUGCCUGACCCCAACGAGAGGGUCUCUGGUACUGUAGCAGAGUGCAGUAUCCAUGACUCUAGUGACAGGCUCUCUGGUUUCACCCAUGUCCAAGCCCCACAGUUUGCCAGAGGCAAUGUGUUCGCCAACCAGCCCACCCAACAACAGCUCCAGGAGCAGGACAAGUACAAAGCUUACCUCAAACAGCAGAUUGACGAGAAAAUGCGCAAAAAGGCUGAGGAGAGGGAACGGACGAGACAGGAGGAGGAGAAAGAGGAGAAGAGGCUGGCAGAGCAGAGGGCUCGAAUACAGAGGGAGUACGAGGAGGAACAAGACAGGAAGAAACGAAAAGAAAUGGAGCAAAAAGCCAAGAACGAGGAGCUGAUUCACCUGGCCGAACAGAGGAAGAAGGAGGCCGAGUGGAAGAAGAAAGAAGCGGAAGAGAAGGAGAACGCAGUGCUGAGGAGGCAGUACGAGAGGGAGAGGCAGGCUCGGGUGGAGGAGGUCCACAGGGAGGCCUCGCCUCCAAUCCCGACUCUGCAGAAGAAACACGGACAGCACCAGUACACUCCCAGGCCCCCCACUGUUGACAGCCAGCGUUCCUCUGCCCCACUCUCUGAGCGUUCCUUGUCUGGUCUUCAGUCCCCUCCUGUCCCCGCUCGAAGAAAUCAGCUCCGAGCCGCAGGUUCUGCAUCAGGCGUUCAGCACGACGUGUUCACCGAGCUGUCAGCUCUGCGUCGGCAGCUUCGCAGUGAGCAAAAACUUCUGGAGGGUCGUCUGCAGCACGGAGACUGGGAGGAAUUGGAAUCUCCUCUGAGUGACAGACAACGUGAGCGCCCCCCGGUGGACGUGUUUGACAUGGCCAGGCUGCGGCUCCAGGCUCCAGUCCGAAGGCUCAACUCCAGAAACACAGAGCCCAGAAACCUGCUGCGGAUCCACGACUCCCUUCAGCUCAAAUACUCAGACGGUGAGUCCAGGCUGGGCUUCAACGAGGUUCCUAAGGUGGAGGAGGUGGGUGUGGCCAGCAGCAGGAGGAGGCGGGACUACAGGGAUCCAUAUCAGCCGUUCAGCAGCCAGCGGUCCACGGCGCAGGAUGAUUAUUUUGACGUGUCUCCACCACAGCAAAAUGAUUACCAGAGGAGUGCGAUGGCGGGGUCUGCGAGAGGAUCUCUGCUGGAGUCUGAGAGCGCUUUUAUUGACCCCCUAGGCGAUGCCUUUCUAGUGCCGCGUACCCCAGAGCUGGAGAAAUCCCCUCUGCUGUCAGCCAGGGAGAGGAGGAGGCUGGCCAAGCAGUCACAGCGCCCCCAGGAUCGAGCCGCUUCCAGCCAACACGAUGACCGACUGCAUCAAGAAGCGGAGGCUGGCUGCGAGGGGCGGAGCCGAGACGGGACGGGUCGUCGUCAUCGUGGCAACACAGCCGGCCCAGUCGAUCUGUCCGAUGACGACGACUCUUCCCCUCGCCGGUUUUCUCGCCACAGUCUCAACCUCCAAAGCUCUAAAGAAACCGUCGCCACGGAUCCCUGGAUGCGACCAGGAACGUCAGACGCACUGAAAUAUUUGGACCGACCAUCGAGGAGGGAUCGGCUCACGACGUCGUAAUAAUGACACUUAAUGUACUUUAAAUUAUUGUUUACAUCAGAGAAGCUCUAUCUGAGAUCAUGCUGAGAACUCACUACUUUUUGUUUACAUGCAUUUCCUAUUUUAUUAAUAUAAAAUUAUCUUUUAAAUAAAUUAUAUUUUAAUGAUA